UACCGCACCAACGAAGAACUUUAGAAAAGUCGCACUCUCCAGAGCUUGAAACCCAAAUCAAAAUCAAAAUCAAAAUCAAAACCCCCUUCCACUGCGACGUCGUUUAGGUGACCGGCGACGGAUGCCAACUGCCGACGAUAAAUCUGACGGUAAAGUUUGGGGGCUAUUCAAAAUGCCCUUCCGAAACUCGCAGCCGGCGUCGUCUUCUUCCUCCGAUUUCGCCCAUUAUCAGCAUAAUUAUGGCCACGGCAGCAACGCUACUCAUUCUCAGGUCGAGGGAUCGGGUGCUCACGCUGCGGCUGCUAGCUCAGUUUCGUCGGUGGCUAGAUCUCUGCUCCCCACGCGCCGCCGUUUGAAGCUCGAUCCGUCCAAUAAGCUCUAUUUUCCAUAUGAGCCUGGUAAGCAAGUUCGAAGUGCUAUCAAAAUAAAGAAUACAAGCAAGUCUCUUGUAGCAUUCAAGUUUCAAACCACAGAACCAAAGAGUUGUUUCAUGCGUCCUCCUGGGGCCAUUCUUGUUCCUGGCGAGAGUAUAAUAGCAACCGUCUUCAAGUUUGUAGAGGUUCCAGAGAACAAUGAAAAGCCUAUGGAUCAGAAAAGCAGGGUGAAGUUCAAAAUAAUGAGCCUAAAAGUGAAAGAAGAAAUGGACUAUGUGCCAGAAUUGUUCGAUGAGCACAAGGAUCAAGUAGCUGUCGAGCAGAUACUUCGUGUAGUUUUUCUGGAUGUUGAACGCCCCAGUCCUGCUCUCGAGAAACUAAAGCGGCAAUUAGCUGAAGCUGAGGCUGAACUUGAGGCUCGGAAGAAGCCCUCAGAGGACACAGGGCCAAAGUUUGUUGGAGAAGGACUUGUGAUUGACGAAUGGAAAGAAAGACGAGAACGAUACCUGGCUCGACAGCAAGUGGAAGUCUCUUCCUGAAAGUCUUGUGUACCUGAUCGGAUAAUUUUUUUAACGGCAUUGUACUUGCAUGAGUGUAUGUAGUUAUUCCAUAAUUGUGAAAGCUGUGUCCCGCCAAAGUAUUGACUAGGAGUGAUGUGGCGGUUGCAAUUGAAUUUGAGUAUUUGGCUUGUUGGCAUAUACAUCUGCAGUUGUUUCUCAA